AACACAUUUUGGUGGUGGUUUGAAGCUACUGCUUUCAAAAAUUCUUGUGUGCAGAGAAGUAUGCAACUUUGAAUGACGAAAGCUGGUAAUCGCAAUAUUCAGUGUAUUGCUGGAGGUGUGCAGCAAUUUCUUACCGAUUGGAGCUCUAUUACAGGGAUACGUAAUCAAGUUUUGACGUAGAUAUCUAGGUAUGUAUUCCAAGAAAUAAAAAGCAGAAUUUGCGGAACACCGUCGAGGUGCUAUCUUCAGGUUCCGACUUCGACAGUCAUACAACCAUAAUGUAGAUAAGGGAAGUAGACGAAACACGUAGAUAUCGUGGCACUGAAAAAAAUUAUAAAAACAUUUCACUCGCCAGAUCGAAGGGCUCGGGCGGAGCUAUUCUCUCGAUUUUCGGAAAAGUAUGGUACUACUCCGAUGAACGACCAAGCACUACAUGAUAAUAUCGAAAUACCUAUUGUAUUAAUUUAAAAAAAUAAAAAGUAAUUGGGAAGUACGACAAAAAUUUUGUGGACCUACCUUUUUUUAUUUUUUGUGCAGUCGCUGGAGUUGCUGGACGUGCCACGGUUUUUUCUUUCCGUCAAACGGCGGAAAGAAUUUCGAGGCGCUGAAAGACUCCUUCCAUCCUAUUUUCACUUUCCUGUAUUGACGCG